CAUCACAACAUAGUAUAACAUUCGUACACAGCGAAGGCAAAAUGAGGCUACGUUUUAAUAAUAAAAGACGUCGAAAUGGGAAUCAAGUGUGCACAUAUGAAGCUUUUAAACCAACGAGAUUCAACCUUUAUGCAAAAUCUGACGAACCAUUGUGGUGUACGAUCAAAAAGAAUGAUUCAUUAGAAAGUUCUUCACCGACUGUUAAGAAGAAAAGCGUGACAGUCAAACUCAAUCCAGUCGUUGGAGCCCGUUUAGCACGCAAUGAAAGUCCCGCUCGCUCUACAAACUAUACAGUCACGCAAAAAUAUGACGAUAAAAUUCGCAUGUUGCAACAACAACGACAGAAAGAACGGAUCAAAAGACGAAAUCAUUCCGCUCGUGCUGCAGAUAAUUUUAUAUAUUCUCGUGGUGAAAAUGUUGAUGGCAUACAUAAUCGUGAUGCUCAUACAUUAUGUUAUUCCGAUUAUCGUUUGAAACAAACAGCAAGUAUGCCAUCGCCUGCAUUUUAUGUUAUUUCUGAUGAAGAUGAUUCUGUCGCCAUUCAAUUGAGAGACGUCGAUUUGGAAUCAUCUCAAUUAAAAAAUGAUGAAAAGUUAAACAAGUAUGGACCAACAAUUGACAAUGACUAUGAAAAACUACCCAAUAAUAACGAAAUUACAGCACAAAAGCAGAAUGGUAUUUUAGAGAGACUACAAUCACACAAACGCGUUUUACAAUCAUAUUCCAUGUCAUACGAUAAUGCUUCACAAUCUCCCGUUAGCGAGGUGCUUGAUGCACCCCCAGAAAUUCACAAUUACAACGAACUAUCAAAAGACUGCGAAAGUGUUGAGAAGUUGAAAACUGCGGAGGGAAGUUACACAAAAGCGGUACAUGUACGUUCUCAAAGUAUUUCAAAUUCAACCGAUUCUAAGAUGAUUUCGUGUGAGAAUCGAGCGAUCUCUCCAGUUACAGUGACCUAUGCUGGGCAAAGAGAAAAUGGAUUCUUCAACAGAUCAAGAACAAGUGAACGGCAAUAUGCAAAAAAGUUGGAAGGAAAGGAAAAUGUUCAGAAUGUGUUCAUAAAGAGCAAAGAAAUAAGAAAACCACUAAUAAUAAAAAAUGAAGCUAGAAGUAAAGUAUCUUCGAAGGAACCACCACUCGUUCAAUAUGAAGGAGAAACUAGACAAGAUCGAGGGCAAGAUGGCAAUACUUUGACCAUUAAAAAUAUUCACGAACAAUCGCUUGACAGCUGCGAUGAAAGAAAUUAUUAUGAAAUCAAAAUGUUAAUCACUGAUCUUGAUGAUGCCUAUGCGACAACGCCUUUAUCAAGAAAUAGUAGAUAUGAUGUUUGUCAAGAUGACAGUGUUGAUGGUCACUAUAAAGUAGUAAGACUACCUUCAGGACGACAAACUCGCAAGUUUCAAGUCUGUGUCUAUCGAAAUCCUUCUCUUGGAUUUACAAUUGGUGGAGGAAAAAACAGCUCUUCGCACGACCCUUCUAUCUACGUUGUGUCUGUAAAUCCAGCUGGUCCGUCAUUUCAUUUACUUUGCCAUGGCGAUCGAAUUCUUGAGGUGAACGAAAUUAAUUUACGAAAUGUUUGUCAUGAACAUGCAGUUUUGUUUCUCACUCAUAACCAAGAAUUGGAACUUCUUAUAGAAAGAGUUGUAUUAUGAUGUGUUUUUAGCAGAAUUUAUGACGUAUUUAAAUGAAUUUAAAUUAUUGAAAUAAAAUGAAUGGCAUGCUGCA